CCAAAAUUGUCCUAGUGUUCAACUCGAGGCCAUUCGGUGCUUACUGUGAGCGCGAAAGAGGAAUAUUUCUGGGGUCUCUGACUGAGCGCGAGUACCAAUCGCGGCGGUGGCGAAGGAUGUGUACCAAUAGCAGUAGUUGCAGAGUGAAAUUGGGAGGUGGAACUGCAAACUUCUGGAGAAACUCAGAAUUAGAGCAACAUUCAACAACGAGAAGAAGAGACCCAAUUCGUGAGUUGCCUCCGCAACCAAGAACAAAACGGGAAGUGGAAUCACAAAAAAAAAAUCACAAUGACGUCGGCUGGAAAGUAGCCGAAAGUGAAGUAGGUUGGAAUCCUAAUCAAAUGAAAGUUGCACCAGCCAAAUUGCACAAUGACGUCGGCUUGAAAGUAGCCGAAAAUGUAGUAGGUUGGAAUACAGUUGCACCAGAAAAAUUGCCCAAUGAUGUCGGCCGGAAGGUAGCCGAAAUUGUAGGUUGGAAUAAAGUUGCACAAGCAAAAACUGCUAAAACAGUUGCUCAAUCACGGUUCACAUGGAAGAUUGAGAACUUUUCGAAGCUGAAUACCGAGAAGCUAUACUCCGUAAAUUUCAGUGUUGGAGGACACAAAUGGCGGGUGCUUAUAUUCCCAAAGGGGAACAAAGUGGUGGACCAUUUGUCGAUUUAUUUAGAUGUUCCAGAGAAAAAUUGGUUGUUAUAUGGGUGGAGUAGAUGCGCAGAAUUCAGCUUUUCUGUGAUCAAUCAGAUUGAUAACAAGCUCACAGUGAAGGAAGACACCAAAUGCCAGUUUGAUGAACGACAUAGUAAUUGGGGUUUCAGUUCAUUUAUGCCUCUUAGUGAACUGCAUGACCCUGGUAGAGGAUAUCUUGUGAAUGAUAUAUGCAUAGUUGAAGCUGAUAUUGUAGUUGAAGCUGAUAUUGACGAUUCAAUUGUUGAAUGCCGGUUAUGUGACACAAAAAGAGAGAGUGGUCAUGUUGAACUUGAGGUUAAGGCAAGGAAAAAAAGAAGGCGAAAGGUCGGGGCCAUGUCAUCAUCUUCAUUUGAUGACAUGGAUGCCUAUAUCUCCAAGUUGGUGUCUGUAGUAGAGCCUGACGCACCCUUCGACUCCACUACCGGAGGAUCGGUUGUAGCCUGCAUUCCUCAACCAACUGUUGAUGAAGCCAAAAAAUUCUUAAUAAAGAUGCUAUCUCGGGACCUAUCAGAAAUUCCUGAUUUUGCCGCACACCUUACAGAAUCCAUGUCUGUCUUGUCAGACUGUUGUGACCUUACUCCAGCCCAGCUUGCAAAGUUGAACUCCCUCAAGAUUAAGUUUCCAACACUUCUCAAAACUUGCCAGACUUCCAUCCAUUCUUUGAAGGAGGUGGAAGUAAAAAUGGCAGAAAAGCAAGGAACAAAGGAGUCUUUGGUUGAGCGGGUAAAGAUUAAUGCAUUAGCAUUCCAAAUGCAGAGGGCUAUUCACAAGAGCUUGAUUGCGGAUGAGGCCAAACUUCAACAACAACUGGCAAAGAUCUCUGAGAAGAAGAGAAGUGCUGAGAGAGAGAUCAAACAACUGCAUGGGAAGAUGGUUAAUAUAGAACAGUCUAGAUCCUCUGUUCUUGAGGAGAUCUCAACCCUUGAGACCGAGAAGAAGACUGCCGAGAGCUCCCUGUCAUCAGCCCAACAAAAAUGGAGUCACUUUAGGCACAUGUUCAUGUAACCAAACAAAAUCUCUGUAGGAUCGAUAUUCUGUAAUGUUAAUUAGUCCUUUAGUUCUACUAAUGAAUGUAAUGAUCUUAAUCUGUGUCUCUGGAAUUUUAGCUUAUUUCUGGUUUGUUAGGAUCGAUAUUCUGUAAUGUUAAUUAGUCCUAUAGUUCUACUAAUGAAUGUGAUUAUCUUUUGCACUUAGAGCAUCUUCAA